AUGAGUGUGCAAGAGCGAGAUCCAGUCCAGAAUAUAAUGUCUUCCGUUGCCCGACCAGUAGGGACUUCUUCGAACGAAUAUCAUGGAUGUGAACAGACGCCUUCACCAAAGGCUAGUAGGUCUCCAUCUUCAUUAGAAUUACUGCAACAAGAGCUGAGAACUGAGCGACUGACAGCAAUAUGUGAACUAAAUACCGAGAACAAGACACUGCAGCAGAUCAACCGACUGCUGAAUAGAUCACGAAGAAUAAUAAUGCUGACAGGGGCCGGCAUCUCGUGCAAUGCGGGGAUUCCUGACUUUAGAUCAUCAUCCGGGUUGUACGAUUUAGUAAAAAAGCAGUUUCCUGAACUUCCGCUCAUGUCUGGACAGGAGAUGUUUGAUAUCUCAUUGUUUCGAGAUGAAUUGAAGAUAUCAGCCUUUGCGACCUUCAUGGAAAGGCUGUAUUCCAGUGUGCAAAUGGCACGUCCUACUAAAACACAUAAAUUCAUCGCGCAUCUCAAGGAUAGGAACAAGUUAUUGAGAUGCUAUACACAGAAUAUUGACGGCUUGGAAGAGGAUCUGGGUUUGGCGAUGUCCAAGAGUGACAAAGACGGCAUAGCGAUAGCGGGUUUCAAUUCUCGUUGGAAAAAUUAUGACGUCGUUCAAUUGCACGGAGAUUUAAAAUCUCUGGCGUGUACAAGAUGCUUUCACGUCUUCGAGUGGAGCAGGUAUUGGUGCCGUUCUUUCAGAAGAGGUGAGCUUCCUACAUGUCCAACCUGCGAGGAAGAAAGUUUCAAAAGAGUGCAGCAGGGAAAGAGGCAGAGCGGCGUCGUAGGAUUCCUGAGACCGAACGUCGUGCUCUAUGGUGAAAACCAUCCAGGGUGUGAGUUCAUAGCGCAGGGCCUCAACCUAGACGUACAAAGGGGGAGACCAGAUUUCUUCAUUGUUAUGGGAACCAGCCUGAGAGUAGAUGGUGUGAAAAGACUAGUGAGACAAAUCAGCAGGCAAGUACAUGAGCGUGGUGGUAUUGUAAUUUUAAUAAACAAGACGACGAUCGGCGACUCCUCAUGGAAUGGAGUUAUAGAUUACCAAAUCCUAUGCGAUUGUGACGACUGGGUCACAUACCUGGAGGCACAAAUCCCUGAUUUCUUCAAUACCCAGAAACAGGUAGAUAAACUAAGGCAACUGAAAAGGGAAGCCAGCGACCUAAGAAAGAAAGCCCUUGAAGAGCAAAAGAACUAUGGACUACUGGCAUCAAUGAAGACUCCACCGGCAACACCCGUCAAGGUGAAUUCAUCCCAAGACAUAAAGGCUGAGGAAAACCUCGAAAACGUUAAAAAACGGAUUCUCACUUCUACAAAGUCUCCAGCCAAGAAACACAAGAAAUGUUAG